CUGACCUUCCAUUUCAGCUCAUUUGCUCUUCCUCUCGUCUUCCUCCGUCCCUCCCUCUUCGUUCGCCUGCUCACUCGCUGUAAACAUCCCAGAAAAGGCCCCUGCUUCCUUCUCGAGUUUAUAUUCUAGAGGCAUUUUCCCGAAUGACCAGCACCGAACUCUCCAUGCAAAGCCCUAUCGACACCAAAAAGGAAGGCGUUUCCACUUUCUUAGCUCAAUGGCCGAUUUACUCCCUAGGCUGGUCCGUUCGCCACGACAAGGGCUCGCGCCUCGCCGUCGGGAGCUUCCUCGAAGACCAUAGCAACAAAGUCGAGCUUGUCCAAUUCGACCCUGACGCGUCCGACUUCACGUCCGACUCCCGCCUAGCCUUCGACCACCCUUAUGCGGCGACGAACAUAAUGUUCUUCCCAUCCGAGGACCCCUCAUACCCGGACUUGAUAGCCACCUCCGGAGACUACCUGAGGGUGUGGGAGAUCGGCGACGACCGGACUGAGCUCAAAGCCCUCCUGAACGGCAACAAGAGCAGUGAGUUCAGCUCGUCCAUCACCUCAUUCGACUGGGCCAGCUUCGACGCCCGCCGCAUCGCCACUUGCAGUGUCGACACCACGUGCACGAUCUGGGAUGUAGAGAGGGAGCUGGUCGACGCGCAGCUGGUUGCUCACGACAAGGAGGUGUAUGACAUCUCGUGGGGUGGGUUCAACGUGUUCGCCUCAGUCUCCGGAGAUGGCUCGGUCAGGGUUUUCGACUUGAGAGAUAAGGAGCGGUCAACAAUCAUAUACGAGAACCCCGCCGCGGAUAGCCCACUGUUGAGAUUGGAGUGGAACAAGGCCGACCCGAAGUCGAUGGCCACGGUCGGGAUCGAUAGUAGUAAGGUGGUGGUGCUGGACAUUAGGUUUCCGACCACACCUCUCAUGGAGCUUAAUAGGCACAAGGCUAGCGUGAAUGCCAUAUCAUGGGCCCCACGUGUCGGGCGGCAGUUGUGCUCCGUUGGCGACGACUCGAGAGUGUUCAUAUGGGAUGUCGUUCCCGCCGGAUUCCGGCCAGAAAAUGCCGGGGAGGUGGAGCCAGAGGUGUGGUACGGGUCAGUGGCCGAGAUCAAUAAUGUGCGUUGGUCUCCAGUUGAGUUGGACUGGAUCGCCAUUACUUUCUUGAAUAAGUUGCAGCUUCUCAAAGUUUGAAGCUACAUAAUUCGUACGUCAAGAGAUGUUUGUCAUUUCAAGUAGUUGUAAUUACACGUCUAAGUCU